UUAACCUGACGGCGAACCCUCGCCUGCGAAUGCUGUACGUGGUGUGGGGGGUCAUCGAAAACCUGCUCUUCAGCGGUCUCAUCUACGGCUGGGGCUCCCUCGUCUUCGUCCUCAAAGACGAGGGCAUCUACGCCGACCUCUGCGAAUGCACCGACAACUGCACCUACAGCAAGACCAUGUCCACGACGACGACGACUCCUGUUACUGCGACGAACCUGACCCCAACGAUCGGCGGUGACGUCAAAGGGAAAGGGUGUAAAGAGCAGGACUCGAUGCUGUCGCUGGUGUUCACGGUGGCGUCGUUCUUCUCGUGUGUGGGAAGCGCCGUCAUGGGACACAUCAACUACAAGUUUGGAACGAGAGUCACUCGCAUUUGUGCUUCGUUGGCAUUUGUUGCUGGUUGCUUGAUGGUAGCUUUCGUCAGUGUCGGUAAGUUAAGAGAGUAUGUGUACGUCAGAAUUAUUUUUAGUGAUAUUGGGGAUUCUACCAGUGCCAUGGUGGCAGAAAGUUUCUCUUAUAGCACUCCAAGUGUUUUCAGGGGUAUAACGUGGGCGGGGCCACCGGGGCCGUUGCCCCGGGCACAAAAUUUUGGACAGCUUUAUCUACCAUGGUUAAUAUUCCCAGGACUUUCACUGGUUGGAGCAGCAGGUAUUCCCUGGCUAUUCACAAAUACACAGAUUUCCAUCCUGUUCACGACUGGUAGUUCUACGGUGGUAGGAUUGUUAUGUGGCGCCUUCGACUGUUCAGCGGCCGUUCAACUUAUCGUCAAGGUUAUUUCAUUCAGUUCAACUUAUUUUCGUGCUUAUAUCCAAUUAUGGUUCAAGCACGGUGUCCUGGGCACACACACCGUAGCUAUCUGGGCUGUCUUUCUACACCAACAUCUCACUUUACUUGAUGCUGGGCAGUAUCAUAACAUCACCACUUGUUGGUAUUUUGUAUUCAAAAACAAACGAUCCGAGAAAUGUCGGCAGCUGAUGCCUUCUGUCUUGCCUCUGACGUUAGCCGUUGUUCUAGCCAGUGUUCUCUCUGUCCUCGCCCUGAUCCCGGUGGAGGAAAUCCUUUAUUUGACCUUCAUCACACUGACGAUAUUCCGAUCAUUCCUCUAUGCAAUGGCGGCUGCCUUUAUCAGCGAAAUAUUCCCUAACGAAUAUUUUGGCUUGAUGUAUGGAGUCCUAAUCGUUGCUGGUGGUAUUUUUGGUUUCUUCCAGUUUGCCCUCUUUCAGUGGGCAAAGGCAACAGACUUUGAUCAGGCAGGUUCAGCAUAAUAAGUAUUAAUUAUGUGUGGCUUAAUACAAGCAUAUACUAUUAUUGCUUUCUGCAAUAUUUAAUUCUAAUGAGCUCUGUCCCGUGCUAGUUUUGAUUUAGUAAACUAGUAUGGGUGUGGCAGUCCUCUUUGUAGGGGUACAAGAGGGAUAAGAUACCCAGUAAAGGAUCUCCUCGGGAGUGGCUGUCCUAUAGACGAGGCACUAAUAGAGGUUCAUGAAAUCAACCACUAUUUUACCAAAUGCCUAUUCGACUCUGCAUUGUGCAGAUACUAGUA